AACACUGCGUAAACAAAUCGAGCAUUAUGCAAUAGAACUUCCAGAUAAGCGCACGCUAUUUCGAGCUAAAAGCGAUAAAAACGAACAAAAACAAUGAAAGAUUCAGUGAUUAUUAAACAGGCGGAUGCAGCAUGUCGGCCAAAGGACCGAAAAUCCUAAUAAUCGGAGCGGGAGCUUCUGGAAUUGCAGCAGCAGUGAAGCUCUUUGAGCACGGAAUUUGCAAUAUCACCAUUCUGGAGGCGGAAAAUCGCAUUGGAGGUCGAGUAUGCUCAGUGGAGUUUGGAGGAACUUUUGUAGAUAUCGGCGGGCAGUGGGUGCAUGGAGAGAAGGGCAAUGUGGUUUACGAAAUGGUCAAAGACCUGGACCUGCUCAGUCCAUCCCAGUUGCCCCAGGAUCCAGGAAUGUCAUUUUUUCUUCCAGAUGGAACUGCACCGGAUAAAUCCCUGUCAGAUCAACUGUUUGCUUUAGCCAUUGCUGUGAAGGACGACCAAGAAUGCGCAAGGAACCAUGGAGGAACGUUUGCAGACUAUUUCACUGCAGAAUACAACCAAAGGGUGCAAGAAAAGUUCCGUGGAAACCCCAGCGCUCUGGACUUAGCCAAUUUAGUGGCUGCGUGGUUUCAAAAGUUCAUGGUGCUUCUGAACCCGGCAGAAUGUUGGAACCAACUGUCCGUUACCAGCCACUACGUUUUCCAGGCUUGCGAAGGCGACCAGAUGUUGGGGUGGCGAAAUAGAGGCUACAAAACUAUCCUGGAUGUCCUCACUAAAAAAAUCCCGGACGCUUCCAAACAGCUGCCCAUAGAAAGCAGAACGAUCCUCAAUAAAGAAGCAGUACAAAUCGACUGGGGCGAAGCCCCAGUUAAAGUGGAAUGCUCAGAUGGGUCCACUUUUAAAGCCGAUCACGUUAUUCUUACGGCUUCAGUUGGCGUCCUUAAAGCCAGCUACAAACAUCUCUUUAGGCCGGCUUUGCCCGAUUUUAAGGUUAACUCUAUAGAAGGAGUGCCGCUGGGAACAGUUGACAAGAUUUUGCUGAAAUUUCCCCGCAAAUGGUGGCCAGACAAUGUGAAAGACAUCAGCUUCUUGUGGGCGGAAGAAGAGAGAAUGGAACUGAUCAAAGAACUUCCUGAAGGGCCGGAAGUGAAUGGAAGAUCUUGGCUAGAGAACCUAUUCAGUUUCAUUGCAAUCGACACCCAUCCAAGCACACUGUUGGUUUGGAUAAACGGACCGACUGCCAAGCUGGUAGAGCUCCUUCCCGAUGAAACCAUCAUUGAAGGUUGUAUGUCUAUGUUGCGCAAAUUUGCAGGAAAACAGUUCGAAAUUCCUGAACCUGAUGGUAUCAUACGUUCCCGCUGGGGAAAUAAUCCGCAUUUCAGAGGCUCCUACGCAUAUGUGAGCGCAGAAAUGGAGCGGCGACAAGCCAGCGCCGAAGACCUAGCAAAACCUUUAACAGUGAAUGGAAAACCUGUGGUGUUGUUUGCGGGCGAAGCGACCCACAAGUCUCGUUUUUCCACUGUGAAUGGCGCCAUUGAAACAGGACAUCGGGAGGCAGACAGGAUUAUAAGUUUAUAUGGAAAAACUGUGUAAAUUCUAAAUAAAAUCGGUCCUGCUUUUAUUGAAAA